UUGCGGAAAAUUCUAAAUUGCGCUGAAUUUCCCUUAUCUGCAUUUGAGUGAUAGGAUAGGAUACAACCUCUUCACUUUCAGCCCUUUAUCGUAGCAGAAGGGCGAAGCAAUGACAUCGUCUUCACUCACUUCAGUUCCUCUCUCAUCUUCUUCCCUCAACAUUCCGCAUUCUUCCUCCGCAUUCUUUCGCUGCCCCAAACCUGUGUUUCCCGAAACAAGGUCCCUCUUUUACCCAAAGAGAAACGACUCUGGGUUUUCCAUCAGAGUCCAAACCCUUGACUUCUCCGAUUCAUUCUUCGAAGGGGGUUUCGGUUCCGAAGACGACCCCAAUUCUCCCGGAACCGGUUUCACGGCCGUCGAGGAAAAGGAGGAACCUCAAUGUCCACCGGGUCUCAGACAGUACGAAACUAUGAUGGUUCUGAGGCCCGACAUGUCCGAGGAUGAGCGACUAGCACUCACCCAGAAGUACGAGGAGCUUCUUGUUGCUGGAGGUGGCAUGUAUGUAGAGGUUUUUAAUAGAGGGGUUAUUCCACUAGCAUAUAGCAUUAGGAAGAAAAACAAAGCAGGGGAGACCAACACCUAUUUGGAUGGCAUCUACCUCCUGUUUACCUACUUCACCAAGCCUGAAUCCGUAACCCCUCUCGAGGAGACACUGUUAGCGGAUGAUAAUGUUAUCCGAUCAAUGAGUUUCAAAAUUAGAAAGAGGAGAUAUUAGUUUGUUUUCAGGUCUUGAGUAGCUUCUUGAAGGAGAUGCGUAUAAAAAGUAAUGUUGUAUUUAUUAUCAUUUAUUUUUCCCCGUUUUCAUUUGGAUUCGAGUAUUUCUGCUACAUGUUUGAUUUUUAUUAAAAGAGAGUUGUAGGUGCUAUCACUUAAUCUUCAGAGUUACCAUGCUCUGUGCAGUUGCUAACAUUACAUAUUUUUCA